AUGAUUGUUGAAGAGAAAAAGCUCUUAAGAGAAGAAAUAGAUGAAUUCAUUCAUAAAGGUUUUUCUUCUGAUAUACAGGAAAGAAAUGUAAAGCAAAUCCAAAAGAAUGAGGAGCUGACAGAGAAAUUUCAUAAAGCUGAGAAUGAAUUGAUUGCUGAAAAGAAAUUACUGGAAAAGGAGAAGGAUAAAUUGAUAGAGGCUGAGAAAAAGUUUGAUGCUGAAAGGAAAUCAUUUGAAAGCAAUAUAAAAGCUUUAGAGUUGAAUGCCACAAAGCUUUCAAAGCAAAUCUCAGAUUUUAAACAGAUUGUCAUCUUGGAAAGAGCCAAGUUUGAUAUUGAGAAGAAAGAGUAUGUGGAAGAAUGUCAAAAGAAACAUUUGGAAAUAUUUGAUAGCAUUGCUAAAAAGCAGAAAACUUUAAAUGAUGAGAGAAAAGUUUUUGCUUUAGAGAAGAAGAAUAUUGUGAAAAAGAAUGCAGCAAUCGCUAAAGAGCUAAUAGAGAAAAAGAAAUGGCUUGACAUUGCUUCAGAUAAUGAUAAAGGAAGUUUUGAAGAAGAUAGAAAAGAGUUUGAGAAAGAAAGGAAAGAUUUUGAAAAGUUGAGAAAAGAAUUGGAAGGAGAAUAA